UUCAUUUCUCUGCCAAAACCAAAGCUCAAUCUUACAACCCUUUCCUGCGAACUGAUCACCGAUCGAUUCCACUCUUAAGACAAUUUUCCUCUGUCAUGCCAAUAGAUCUUAUUUUCUUGUUCCAACAUUGAACAUUAUAAAGGAAAUCCAAAGCUAGAAAGGUACUAAUUAUAUAUUCCCUUAACAUGCAUCUCAUUUUGUUUGGUUUUCACUUUCGGCUUUUCUUUUCAUUAUGAUGUGAUUUUAACAACUACUAACAGUUACUGCCCUUUUGCCUUGUUUCUGGGGCUGAAACCGGGUGGGGUGGAAUCAAUCGAAAAGGAGCGUUCACUCAACUAAAAUCAAAGUAAGAUCAAAGCACCAUCCAAACUCACCACUCUUCUUUUUUAUCUUGUUUGAACUUCUAAGGCAUCUCCCCUUCUUUUAGAAUUGGAAGGUACUUAUUUUAUAUUUACAUAUGUGCGGCUGAUUUUAGUUUCAUAUACAUGCAUGUCUGCUUUUUUCUUCUUUUCAUAUUUUCAAAUAUUGCCGCUGCUUUCCUCGAUUUAAUUUCAUAGAUACAGUUAUUUCUUGUUCUUUCUUGUUACUAUCUUUUAGUUAUUUCAUGAUAAGUUGAAAGAUUCCUCUUUUCUUUCCUUUUCUUUCUCCAACUACUUUGUUUCGUUGAUUUCACAUUCACACUGACAUCAAAUUGACAACAGAAGACAGAAGAAGCUUAUGUUGACUCCUCGAUGACUGGUGCUCCCCCAGCAGUGAUAUGAGCGACAGCAGGUGUUGAUUACAGCUGGAUUCACGAGCUCUGCUUUUCUUUGUCUGUUCUUUCUAUAUUCUAUAUUGCAUACGGUCCCCGUUCCUUGACCAAAGUCACACCUCGCGUGGUUAAAACUCUGCAAUCUCUGCGACUCUCCCCCAAACACUCAAAAGGCUCUCACUCUUUUUUUCGCAGAAGCAGCUAAAGGGAAACUAGAAACCGGUGGGAUGGAAUCAAUCAAAGAAGAGCAAUCACUCAACUAAAAUCAAAGCAGAAUAUAAUCCUAUUAAGACCCGUCUCUGCAUUCUGCCUCUUCCACCAUCCAAACUCAUCACUCUUUUUUUUUUAUCAUCUUGUUCGAACUUGGAAGGCAUCUUCUCAGCUUGUAGCAUUGAAAUUAAGAAUAUUGCUUCUCCCAUUCAAGUCGAACUAUGGAAGUUGUAGGAGGCGCCUUUAUGUCAGCAGCGUUCGAGUUGUUGCUCUCGAAGUUGAGUUCUUCUGUAAGUGAAUGGCUGAAUUUACCAGAGGAAGUUUGUGUCGAGCUGCAAAAUUUGAGGAAUCUUUUGCCAAAGAUCGAUGCUUUACUUGAAGAUGCUGAAGAUAAGCAAGGAAGAGGCCCCUCGGUGAAGCUAUGGCUUGCUGAUCUCAAGGAUUUGUUUUAUGAUGUGGAGGACAUACUUGAAGAGGUCGACAUUGAUGCCAAGAGGUUUGAGCGGUUUGCAGAACCCCAAGCCAGCACCAGUAAGCGUCAGAAACUGAUCUUUCCUAAAUUGUUUAACAAGGAUGGAAGAUUUACGGCUGAAGGAGAACGAAAGAUGGCAUCCAGGGUGGAGGAGAUAACUGCUAGAUGGCGACGUAUUGAAGCAAACAUACGUUCACUGAACGAGGUCAGUUUGGCUUUGAGAACUGGAGAUGAGUCCCACGAAGUUACUACAGAAAGAUUGCCCUCUACUCCUUUGCUUGAGCAACAUGUCUAUGGUCGAGAAAAUGAUAAAGAGGAUAUUCUUCAGAUUUUGCUCAAUGAUGAAGGCAACCAUGAGCCAUACUCUGUUAUUCCCAUUGUUGGAAUGGGAGGAAUCGGAAAGACCACUCUUGCUCGUCUUAUUUACAAUGAUGACAAAUUGAAGGGUAGGUUUGGAUUGCAAGCAUGGGUCUGUGUUUCUGAUGAUUUUGAUGUUUAUCGGAUUACAAGAGCCAUCUUAGAGCAAGUACCCACAGCAAAUUGUGAUAAAAAAGAGCUAACUCCACUUCAAGAAAAGUUGCAAGAUGAGCUCUCAGGCAAAAAGUUUUUACUUGUGCUAGAUGAUAUUUGGAAUGAAGAUUAUGGAUUAUGGGAGAACUUACAAAGGCCUUUCCUAAAAGGAGCACCAGGAAGUAGAAUAAUCAUCACAACUCGCAGCGAGAAUAUUGGGAGGAUGAUAAGAGGAGAUGGCAGAGUUCAUAAUUUGUCGUUGCUAGAGGAUGAUGCUUGUUUGUCACUAUUUGCUCAAAUUUCAUUGGGGGCAGAAAACUUUGAUGAAUAUCCAGAUCUUAAAAGAGUAGGGGAGAAAAUUGUUGAAAAAUGCAAAAGAUUGCCAUUGGCUAUAAAAUCCCUUAGUGGCCUCUUGCGUGGUAAGGCAGAUCUUGCUGAAUGGGAAAACAUAUUGAACAGUGAGAUAUGGGAUCUACCAGUUGGUAAUACUAGCAUUCUUCCUGCUCUGAAAUUGAGCUAUAAUCACCUUCCUUCCCAUUUGAAGAGAUGCUUUGGCUAUUGUUCUAUGUUUCCUAAAGAUUAUGAAUUUGAUGAAGGUGAGUUGGUUUUAUUAUGGAUGGCAGAAGGAUUCUUGCAACAACAACCACUAACGAUGAAGAAAAUGAAAGCCCCUGGUCAUCAGUCCUUUCGUGAGCUACUGUCGAGGGCUUUUUUUCAACGGUCCAGUUGGAAUGAGUCGUCGUUUGUGAUGCAUGACUUGAUGGUUGAUUUAGCCUUGCAUGUUGCUGGAGAUAUAUGCUACACCCUUGAAUCAGAUGGAGAUAUAUCAAAUAUGAGGUUUCAAAGAGUCCGUCAUUUGUUAUUAUUUCCUGUUGAAUAUUUAGUGUCAAAAAGAUUUGAAUUCUUGAAAAAAAAGAAGAAUUUACGUACAUUUCUACCUCUACAACAGCUAGGCUUUGAGAAAGUGUGGCUAUCCAACACACUCUUGCAAGAUUUGAUGAAAGAUCUAAAAUGUUUAAGGGUGUUGUCUCUUCAGAAUUAUAAGAUAACGGAGCUCUCUGAUCAAAUUGGAGACUUGAAGCAUCUGCGAUUCAUUGAUUUGUCUUGGACAGGUAUUGAAAGUCUUCCUGAGUCAGUGGGUUAUCUUAUUUACUUACAAACAUUGUUGUUAAGGGGCUGCAGGUGGUUUUCCAAUUUGCCUACCACUAUUGGAAAUCUACUUGAUCUCCAACAUCUUGAUUUAGUUACGACACCAUCUUUAAAAGAGUUCCCAUCAGAAAUCAGCAAAUUGACAAGACUUGUAACAUUGUCAAAAUUUAUUGUUGGAGAUGCUCGAGGACCAAGAGUGAAAGAUUUGAAAAACUUGUCAGGUCUUCAAGGCCAGCUUUCCAUUUUGGAUUUACAAAAUGUUGUGGCUGCAAAUGAAGCAAAGGAGGUGAAUUUGUUUGAGAUUGAGGGAUUAGAUCAUUUAUCCUUAGAAUGGUCUUCUGAUUUCCUCAACAACCGAAAUGAAAGAUCUGAAUUGCAAGUUCUCAGCUUGUUAAAGCCUUAUCAUGGUUUGAAAAGAUUGACAAUCAAUUAUUUUGGUGGGUUGGAAUUCCCAUCUUGGAUAGGUGAUCCAUCAUUUUCCAACUUGGAGUUCUUGAAGCUCAACAAUUGUCAAAAAAGCACUUCAUUAACAUCACUCCAGCGAUUACCACGACUCAAAAGUUUGAUCAUUGAAGGCAUACAUGCAAUACAAACUAUGAUGCUUGACGAGGAGAAUUCUUCUUCAGUUUCAGCUUUUCCAUCAUUGGAGAGUUUGAAUUUGCGAGAUUGCCCCAUAUUGAAAGGAAAAUUUCCAAAAUGCAUUCCUGUCCUUAAAAGGCUAGUGAUUGCCAGAUGCCCAAAGUUAAUAUAUUCACCAAUAAGUCUUCCAUCACUUGAAGAGUUGGGUGUUACAGGAUGUAGUGAGGCCGUCUUGAGGAGUAUGGUUGACCUCAACUCACUCAAAACAUUGAGAAUCAGCAGAAUUUCUAAGUUGAUUUGGUUGCCUAAGAGUUUUGUAGAGUCCUUGAUAGCACUUGAGGUUAUGGAGAUUGAAAGUUGUGAUGAACUCACUUGUUUGUGGGAGGAAGGAGCCAAUAUGGUAAACCUUGCAUUUCUUAAGAGGAUGCAGAUUAGCAGGUGCCCUCUGCUUGUAUCACUGACAGGGAAAAAACAAGGUUUUCUUCCCAACAGUGUUCAAACUUUGCACAUAGAUGAUUGUGAAGCACUGGAGUUCUUGCCUAUUGAGAUAAUGAUGAUGGUGCGACUUGAAUACUUAUAUAUAAGGAGAUGUCCUGCUCUCAGAAUAUUUCCAAGAGGCAAGUUACCCACCACGCUUAAAAUCGUGGAAAUUACAGAAUGUGAAAAGCUAGAAUCUUUACCAGAAGGAAUAUUGAUGAAUAAUGGUGAUGCAUGUCAAGUGUCCUAUCUUGAAGAAUUAAGGAUUGACAAGUGUCCUUGUCUGAAAUCUUUUCCAACUGGCCACCUACCCAAUUCUUUUAAACGCCUUUAUGUCCGUGACUGCAAGCAAUUGGAAUUUAUCCCUCAGAGAAUGCUGCAAUAUUAUAGGGAACUUGAAGACAUUCAACUCUAUGGUAAUGAGCUUGGAGAAUCUGAUUGGUCAAAAUAUAAGAGAGGUUAUAUCCACAAUUGUUCAGGGAUAGAUAAGUUAGAUGGUUUAGAUGGUUUGGAGUCGCUUUGCCCGUUUAUCCCCAAUCUUAAAAUGUUAACCAUAAAGAGUUUCAAGAAUCUCAAGUCCUUACCUGAUAAGCUGCAAGACCUCAACUCUCUCGAUGAAUUAUGUAUAAUCAAUUGUCCAGGAAUUGAGUCCAUACCAGACGGUGGUUUGCCUUCGAACCUAAAAUGUCUUAGAAUUUUUGAUUGCCCAGGGAUUGAGUCCAUUCCAGACUCUGGUUUUCCUUUAAACCUUAGAAAUCUUAGUAUAUCUGGUUGCAAGAAUCUCAAGUCCUUACCUGAUAAGCUGCAGGUCCUCAACUCUCUCGAUGAAUUAUGUAUAACAGAUUGUCCAGGAAUUGAGUCCAUAUCAGAUGGUGGUUUGCCUCCGAACCUAACAUCUCUUCAAAUUUGCAAGUGCCCAGGAAUUGAGCACAUAUCAGAAGGUGGUUUGCCUCCGAACCUAACAUCUCUUAAAAUUCGCCAUUGCCCAAGGAUUGAGUCCAUUCCAUGCUGUGGUUCUGCCCCAAACCUUGGAGAACUGAUAAUUGAUUGCGAGAAUAUGAAGAAGCCGAUGCAAGAAUGGGGCCUUAGUAGCAUCACUUUGCUUCUAACUUUUGAGAUUUGUUGGAUAUGUCCUCCAGAUAAUGUGCUUCCCACUUCUCUAACCAGUCUUACUGUGUGUAAUGUUGAAAAUAUGAAAUCCAUAUCUAGAGGGCUCCUCCAAAACCUCAACUCUCUUCAACAUUUAGAAAUUAGGGAUUGUCCGAAGCUGCAGACGCUGUCAAAGGAAGCCCUCCCUGCCUCCCUUCAAGAGUUAAUUAUUGGGAACUGCGACAACUUUCGGUCCUUGCCGAAGGAAGGCCUGCCUCCCUUGCUUGAACGACUCGAAAUUAUAAACUGCCCGCUGCUGCAACGACGAUGCAUGGAGGAGGAAGGAGACUAUUGGCCCCUCAUUGCUUACAUCCCCGAAGUUGAUGUUUUGGAUUGGUAGCCUAAAGCAUAAGAGGGAGAUCUGCAAUAUUUCUGAAGUUUAACAUUUAUGUCAAUGGAAAAGAAGAAGUUGGUUUUCUGGAGAUUGGAAAGUUGUCAUCCAUGUAUUUUGUGAAGACUCAUUGAUUGCUCAACAUAUAAAUAGCUGCUGAAAUGGUGGGAAUGGCAAUAGCCAUUGAAAUGGCUUCUUCACUGUGCCUGGCCUACCGCUACUACCCUUGUGUAGUCCUUAAAGCUACAAAACAAGCUCCUUCACUGAUAACAUUUCACAUUUUUACUCCUC